UGGCCGGGGUAACUAGUGACGACCAUCCCAGCUGGUUGGAAAAAGCUUGACAGAAGGGGUGACCGACCGGUAGAUGUGUCUUAACGUCUCUGUUUAUGAUUAAAUAACAUUUACUUUUGACGUUGUAUGCAUUAAUGCAAGUGAAAACAGCGUGGGACCGUAUCCGUCCUGUCGGGAAAACCGAUUAGUUAGCUUUUUACAAAUAAUAAUUCCUCGUUUUGGUUAUCCAGUUGAUCAGACGUGUCAGUCUUGUUGAUUUUUUUUUUUAUCUCGAUAGCUGGCUGGCCAUUUUCAGAUAAAGAAGGGCGAUCAACGUGGAUUAACUGGACCUGUUACCUACAGUACGAUGAGUACCUUGGAUUCUGUGGAUCGAGUUGAACUGUGCGAGAGCCUUUUGACAUGGAUCCAGACGUUUGGAUUGGAGGCACCAUGCAAAACAGUGGACGAUCUCACAAGUGGAGUUGUCAUGGCCCAGGCCCUACAGAAAAUAGACAUUGUCUAUUUCACUGACAACUGGAUCAGUAGGAUCAAGCCCGAGGUGGGAGAUAACUGGCGGCUAAAGAUCAGUAAUCUAAAGAAGGUGCUGAAAGGUAUACUGGACUACAACCAGGAGGUCCUUCAACAGCAGAUCAAUGACUUCACCCUGCCAGACAUCAACCUGAUAGGAGAACACUCAGACGCUGCAGAGCUGGGCAGGAUGCUGCAACUCAUACUAGGCUGUGCUGUCAACUGUGAGCAGAAACAAGAGAACAUCCAGACCAUAAUGAUGCUGGAGGAAUCUGUUCAACAUGUUGUCAUGACAGCCAUUCAAGAGCUGAUGAGCAAAGAGUGUCCAGUUGUUGGAGGAAAUGAAUUGUACGCUGACAUCGAUAGACAGCUGAAGAAGACCGUGGAGGAUCUGAACGACGCUCUAGUCACCAAGGAGGAGAUCGCACAGAGAUGUCACGAGCUGGACAUGCAGGUGGCAGCGCUACAGGAGGAGAGGGGUAGUCUCCUGGCCGAGAACCAGAUCCUCAUGGAGCGUCUCAACCAGUCUGACUCCAUAGAAGACCUGAACAGCCCUGUAGGACGUAGACACCUGCAGCUGCAGACACAGCUAGAACAUCUCCAGGAGGAGACAUUCAGAAUGGAGGCAGCGAAGGAUGACUAUCGUAUCCACUGUAGGGAGUUGGAGAAGGAGCUGACAGAGCUGAGAGGACAGAAUGAAGAGCUCACAUCCCUGGCUGACGAGGCCCAGACACUGAAGGACGAAAUGGAUGUACUCAGACACUCGUCAGACAAGGUGUCCAAGCUGGAGGUCAUGGUGGAGUCAUAUAAGAAGAAGCUGGAGGACCUGGGAGAUCUGAGGAGACAGGUCAAGCUGUUGGAGGAGAAGAACACUCUGUACAUGCAGAACACUGUCAGUCUGGAGGAAGAAGUACGCAAGGCCAACACCACGAGAGGACAGCUGGAGUCCUACAAGAGACAGGUGGUAGAGCUGCAGAACAAGCUGUCUGAGGAGUCUAAAAAGACAGACAAGAUGGAGUUUGAAUACAAGAGACUCAAGGAGAAGGUGGACUCUCUCCAGAAAGAAAAGGAUCGUAUGAGGUCAGAGAGAGACUCUUUGAAGGAGACCAUUGAGGAGCUGCGUUGUGUUAAGGCUCAGAAGGAACAACUCUCUACAGGCAUGGUUCCACUCGGCAGUAACGAGGGCUCUGAUUCGCUGGCUGAAGAGAUCAUCACCCCAGAGAUCCGAGAGAAGCUGAUCAGACUGCAGCAUGAGAACAACAUGCUGAAGCUGGCCCAGGAGGGUUCUGAUAAUGAGAAGAUCGCUCUGCUGCAGAGUUUACUGGAGGAUGCUAACAGUAGGAAGAACGAACUGGAGACAGAGAACAGACUGGUGAACCAGAGACUGAUCGAGGGUCAGAGUCAGGUGGAGGAGCUGCAGAGGAGUCUUCAGGAACAGGGCUCCAAAGCAGAGGAUUCAAUCAUUCUGAAGAAGAAGAACGAUGUACACAUGGAGAAGUUACGGGAGGUGAACAGCGAACUGCAGAAGAAGAGUGCGUACAUUGAUGACUUGGAACCCAAAUACACAUCUAGCUCCCAGAAAGUGGAGGAGCUAGAGGAGGCACUGAAGAAGAAGGAUGAAGACAUGAAGCAGAUGGAGGACAGAUAUAAGAAGUACCUGGAGAAGGCGAAGAGUGUUAUCCGGACCCUGGACCCUAAACAGAACCAGGGCUCGGCACCAGAGGUCCAGGCCUUGAAGAACCAGCUGCAGGAGAAGGAGAGGAUGCUGCACUCUCUGGAGAAAGACUACGACAAGACCAAGGCUCAGAGAGACCAGGAGGAGAAACUCAUAGUGUCUGCCUGGUACAACAUGGGCAUGGCUCUACAGAAGAAGGCAGCAGAGGACCGUCUGGCCAGUACGGGUUCAGGACAGUCCUUCCUGGCCCGCCAGAGACAGGCUACCAGCACACGCCGCUCUUACCCCGGACACGUACAGCCUACCACCGCCAGGUAGACACGGCACCAUGACCCCUACCUGACCCUGAGCCCUGUCCUGACCCUCCAGGCCAGGUAGACACGGCACAAUGACCCCUACCUGACCCUGAGCCCUGUCCUGACCCUCCAGGCCAGGUAGACACGGCACCAUGACCCCUACCUGACCCUGAGCCCUGUCCUGACCCUCCAGGCCAGGUAGACACGGCACCAUGACCCCUACCUGACCCUGAGCCCUGUCUUGACCCUCCAGGCCAGGUAGACACAACACCAUGACCCCUACCUGACCCUGAGCCCUGUCCUGACCCUCCAGGCCAGGUAGACACGGCACCAUGACCCCUACCUGACCCUUCACCGUGAGUCCUGACCCUCCAGGCCAGGUAGACACGACACCAUGACCCCUACCUGACCCUGAGCCCUGUCCUGACCCUCCAGGCCAGGUAGACACGGCACCAUGACCCCUACCUGACCC